AUGCGAAAGUUUCAGAUUGGUCCCGGAAACUACGCUUUCCACAUUGCUGGCAGCGGUUCAAAUGCUAUCUAUGGCCACGCUCAGUGCCCAGGGUACAUUGUUCAGCCGGAGUGUUUUUCAUGCAUUAUCGACGCGAUGGGUAGAAUAAAAAAUGAUUGCCAAUCUUCGGCCCAAGUGGAAAUUUGGUCCCAACGUUGCAUGCUUCGCUACGAUUCCACAAAUUUUUUUAAGCAAGUAGUCCAGGGCCCCGUCUUUGGUUGGUCUCAAAAAGAAGAUCGUGUAGAUCAUAGUUAUGAGUUCAUAAAAACCGUGAAGAGACUAAUGACUGUGGCUACUUUGAAAGCGAUCACAGCAUCUAAUAGGUAUGGAAGAAUGGAAAGCGUUAAUUUAAAGAACAAUGUAGUUGUCUAUGGAAUGGUACAGUGCACGGAAGAUCUUCAACUAAUAGAAUGCAACUACUGCCUAAAUUCAUUGGUGAAUGGUCUUCGAUCUUAUUGUGGAGGUGGAGCCUACUCAGAUUGCAAUAUUUUUGCUCCCAGUU